UCCUACUCUUUCUUAUCGACAAAAUUGGCAAUGGCCCCACACUCUCUUUCUCUUUUCCAUUUCCAUAUCUUCAUCUCUAUCCAAUCCACUCCACCAUUUAUAAACCUCUCUCUGCGUCCUCCUCACUCAUCCCUCCCUCUCUCUCCCUCCCUCUGCAAUUCUCUCUACUGUUGUCAUCUCAUCGCAAUUCCCUCUCUGCUGUUGUCAUGGUGGGUGUAGGCCAAGGAGGGGAGGCGGAGACGAAAGUGCAGGACCUGCCGGAUGCCAUUUUGGGCAGCAUCAUCGGCUGUGUGACGGAAACUCGCAGCCGCAAUGCGGUUGCCCUGGUCUGCCGCAAGUGGGCGGCGCUCGAGCGCUCUUCCCGCAUCCACUUGUCUCUGCGUGGCCAUGCCCGCGAACUCCCCUUCCUCCCUACUUCCUUCACCUCCAUCUCUCACCUUGACCUCUCCUCUCUCUCUCCUUGGGGCCAUCCCCUCCUCCUCACCUCCAAUGAUCCCUCCUCUCUCCUCCUCCUCGCCCGCCUCCUGUCCUCCUCCUUCCCCAAUCUCACCUCCCUCUGUCUCUACGCCCGCUCACCCUCCUCUCUCCUCCUCCUCGCCCCGCUCUGGCCCAAUCUUGUCUCGGUCAAGCUCGUCCGAUUCCACCCUCGUCCUCCCGAUGGCCCUCCAGGCUCUGAUUUUGCACCCAUUUUCUCUCACUGCAACAACCUCUCUCGUCUUGACCUCUCCCUGUUCUAUUGCUGGCUCCCUGAUGAUCUCCCUCCAGCUCUCGAAGCCCACCCUCUGGUCGCAUCUAAUCUAUCGUCUCUCUAUCUGCUCAAUCCCUCCACCGAUGCAUUCAAGGCGACGCAACUCUUAGCCCUCGCACAAGCUUGCCCUAAUCUCAGCACCCUCCUCGCCUCCUGCGUCUUUGACCCCCGCUAUGUUGAUGCCGUUGGUGACGCUGCCCUUGUGGACCUCGCCCUUGCCUGCCCUAAACUGAGUGUCCUCCACCUCGUCGACUCCUCUGCACUCUCCGCUCCACGGGCCUGCCCUGACUCUGCUGUUCCCACGAACGUGACCCCCGUUGGCCUCACCGAGGCCUUCAACGCCCUCCCAUUGCUCCGAGAUUUCGCGCUGGAUGUGCGCCACAAUGUGCUUAAUUCAGCUCCUGCUCUCGAGGCUCUUGCAAUGCGUUGCCCUCGCCUCAUGGCCCUUGAGCUAGGCCACUUCCAGGGGCUCUUGUGUCCACAAGAUCCUCGUCCUAGCGGCCUAGCCCAUUGUCAUGGCCUGAAAUCCCUUUCCAUAAAGAAUUCGGUGAAUUUCUCAGACGAAGACCUUGCCAUGGUCUCUGUUGGUUGCCCGCGUCUCGUGAAGCUUGAGCUCCUGGGCUGCCCAGAGAUAACCGAGAGCGGGCUCCGCGGCGUGGUGAGGUGUCUGUGUCGCAGCCUUGUGGACUUGAGAGUCUCAUGUUGCAAGCGUUUGGACGCUGUAUCAACCCUUUGUGCACUCGAGCCAAUUUGCAACCAGUUGCAGCACCUGCACAUUGAUUGCGUGUGGAAUCAGCAGGCCGAAUUUGCUAACAACCCAAAUUCAAACAGGUUUCUUACGAAUCAUGGUGAAGAUGAAGAGUCCUGUACCAGACACACUGAUAAGAAAAUGAAGAUGUCUUCUAUCGACUCAGAUGACCUAUGUUACACUCACAAUGGCUUUUACCGCACCAAGACCUGGACCAAACUAAAGUCACUCUCUCUCUGGAUAGCAGUGGGCGAACUUUUGAGCCCGCUUGUCAAUGCAGGCCUGGAGAGUUGCCCAGCCUUAGAGGAAGUGAGGAUCAAAGUAGAAGGAGAUUGUCGAUUAUGUGCAAAGCCAGGCGUACAGGCGUUUGGGCUCGCAUCUCUCGCACGCUACCACUCUCUUACGAAGCUCCACCUUGACUGUGGAGAUGCAGUUGGCUAUGCUCUCUCGGCACCUAGUGGGCAGAUGGACUUGAGCUUAUGGGAGAGGUUUUAUUUGAAUGGAAUCAGAGAGCUUGGUAUCACAGAUAUGGACUACUGGCCACCUCAGGACCGAGAAAUGAAUCGAAGGAGCGUCUCUCUGCCGGGAGCCGGACUACUGUCAGAGAGUUUGACACUCCGGAGGCUUAUCAUACAUGGGACUACACAUGAGCAUUUUAUGCAGCUUUUGCUAAGGAUCCCAAGCUUAAGGGAUGUGCAGUUAAGGGAGGACUAUUACCCUGCUCCUGAAAAUGAUAUGUCUACCGAGAUGAGGGCUGACUCAUGUAGGCGGUUCGAGGAAGCAUUGAGUAGGAGGCCAAUUCCUGAUUAAGUUGGCGAGAAUUUGGAUUUGGAAGGAGGUAACAGAAUAAAGGAAUUGAUACUCGGAGUCUAAUUCAAAUGGGUCUGCUUUCUUGGAGGAUUUUGCAAGAUGCUUCCACUCGUGCUGUUCCCUUGCUUGACCCCCAUGGUGGUAACUGUAAGUUACCUUUAGUUUUGUGUAUCUGUGCCUUUAACCCACUGCAAGUUAUAGAUAUUGUGAAGUUUGGAUCUUCCAUUUCAGAUAGUACUUUUGCUAGAAGCUCCUUUAAGUGUUUGUUUUCCUUUUGCUGCUUUCUUUAGUUGUUUAUCAUGCGGUUAUUGGGUUGUUUGAUAUAUGUGUGUGUAGAGGGGCGGAGGAGGAGGAAUGGUG